AUGGAGAAGGAUAUGCUCAACACGCUGCAGUUCAAGCUCACCAUCCCAACCACGUACGUCUUCGCUGCGCGAUUCCUCAAGGCCGCGACCGCCGCCGCGAACGCCGCCACUACCGCUGGUGCGGGUGCUGACAUGGCGGUGACCGUUGGAGCAGACACGCGCGUUCACGCGCUCGCGUGGUUCCUUCUCGAGCUGACCCUGCCUGAACACUCGAUGAUCAAGUUCUCCCCGUCGCACCUGGCCGCUGCUUCGGUCUACGCUGCUCUGCUUACGGCUCACCACCCCAACAAAACAGCCACGGGAGCAGCCUCGGCAGGCGCCGGUGAGGUUUGGGGCCCCGGCAUGGCGUGGCUUACCGGAUACGACGAAGCGACGCUGUGGCCGUGCGUGGAGCAGCUUGUGGCUCUGCACGAGAAGGCAGGCACGGGAAACCUCGCUGCUGUUCACAAGAAGUACUCGCGGAAGCAGUUCGAGGAGGUAGCGAAGAUUCCUGCUGUUCCUCACCUGCCAGAGAAUCCCCCCCGUGCCGCCGUUGCACAUAAGCUGACCAAGUCGACAUCCUGCUUGUCGACGGCCAACUCGUCCGGCUCCCUCUGCCCUUCUAAGGAGCUUUUGCUCUCCUAG